AUGAUAGUGACAAGGACGAAGAAAGUUUGUUGUGGAAAUGGUAUUUCGGAGAGAGAGACAAUUGGGCUGGUGUGGAGAGAUGUAGAAGGUGAUUUGCGACUUCUCGGCAGCCGCAGUGGUGAUAGCAAUAAGGAGGAUGACAGAGAUACAGUGCAGUUGAUAAAACUUCAAUGCUGGCCGAGGAGGGGAGCUGAAAGCCGCACACCGUAUUUGGGAAUCAACGUUCCACUCUGGCCCACGAUAGUUUGUCAUAGCUUGAGGCGUUCUUGGAUUCCUCCGACCUUCGCUUCAGGAAUCAGGAUGGUCAAUCUCAAUCCCAUCAGACUUGACCAAUACGCGACAACCGCGUCGAAGAUUGACCAGUGCUGCCUGGAGAUGGACAGGACUAGGAGCGAAAUUCACACGAGCUCCCGUGAUCUCUGCCUGGUCUCCCCAUCUUGUCGCUUGCCGAGGACAUGA